UCAAAAUACUGUGAUGGAUCUGAUUGUUUGUUUGUAAGAAAAACUCGUUAGAAAGUACGACUAGCCCACAAAUAAUAACAAUUUAAAUACCUUUCUCUUAAAAGCAUUACCAUUCUUCAAAUAUUAAAGUAUAUUUUAACACUUGGGUCUUAGGACAAUACUCACCUUUUAAAGUUGUUAGCCUUGAAGUAGAUGUCAUCUAAAUGAGUGUUGUUUAUUUUACAUUUUAGUGAUAUUAGUCGUAAUUUCACGAUUAUAUGGCUCUGAUGUUUGACUUAUGUUUUGUGACAAUUCGGAAGAGGCAUGUUUUAUCCACGUAUUGGGGAGAAAAGUGCAAGUUCAGUAGUGGUCAUCUGGAUCUAUCUCACCGUGUGGUGCGCCGCGUCCAUAGCACCUUGCGACAAGACACGCAGGGUGUUCACCGAGCCCAGCGGAGUUAUCACGGACGGCCCUACGACCUCUAACUACACUCAAGAUUCACAUUGCGAAUGGCUCAUUAAAGCAGCAAAUAAAAGUCAGUACAUAACACUGAGCUUUAUUCGUAUGGGAACAGAAUGUUCCUACGACUAUGUCUUUGUAUAUGAUGGUGAUUCUUUUGAUGCACCUCUAUUAGGAAGUUUCAGUGGCAAAACUGAACCACAAAAUGUCACCGCUUCAAGUGGAUAUAUGUUAAUACUCUUAUAUAGUGAUACAAACUAUGUAUUAGAUGGUUUCCGAGCAACAUAUGCUAUCCACAACUGUCCGAAUAAUUGUACUGGGAGAGGGCUUUGUGUGUCACAUAAAUGCUUUUGUGUAGUGGGUGUGUGGGGUGGUCCUGAUUGUAGCGUAGAACUAUGUCCCAAUGGAUGUUCAGGCAAUGGCCAAUGUAAAGGGGAUGGCUGCCAAUGCAAAAAAGGUUAUUCUGGAGAAUCAUGCUCACUGAAAAAGAAUGAUAAAGAAGGCAACAGUUGGCACUGGCUUUCACAUACUGAAAGUGGUAUGACAAAGAGAGCUGCCCACACAGCUGUUUAUGUAAACCACACAGACUCUCUAUAUGUCUUCGGAGGAUAUGAUCUGAAUAGAGUAUUAGGCUUAUUGGAAAUCUAUAAAUUUUCUACUAGUCAAUGGUAUAAUGAAAAUGGAAGAGUUUUAAGACGAUACCCAACAACCGAAGAAAAUGAUAAAUCAUUAUUGACAUUAUUUACUAAAGGCAAUAUUGAUGGCAGCUGGCAGAUAGGAAAUAGAAGUUCUUUAUUCAAUUUACUUUUAGCAUCAUUUUCACAUCAUGACAAGACUACAUUACCUCUUAUGUACACACCUACACCUUAUUCUGAAAGUUACCUGCAGUUUACUGACAGGCCGGAGUUCUUAUCCUCUGGUAUUAAAUCCAACAAUUCCAAACCUGAACCGCGGUACGGUCACGCGGCUUGUGCAUUUCUAACAGGAUUCAUUCUUUACGGAGGGAAAUUAUCAGAUGGCAGCUUAUCAUCGGAAUUAUGGUAUUAUGAUGCGGUUUAUAAUUCGUGGACAUUAAGAGCUGUGAAUUCAACAUUCACGCCGCCCGGACUGACUCGACAUACAUUGACGGCUGUGAACAAUGAAUUGUAUUUAUUUGGGGGGAGUACGGUAGAUGGAGAAUUUUCCUCAAGCUUGUACAAAAUUAAAUUAGGUGAAGUUAGCAAUGAGACCUGGGAGAAGGUACAAGUACGAGGCGGUAAGGAGCUGGAUGUACGAGUGGUGUCGCACACCGCAGUCUAUCAUUCGCAUUCUAACUCUCUCUUGGUGUACGGAGGUGUAGUGGCCAGUGUUGCUAGGUUUUCGAAAUUAUCCGAUCGUAUGUUUGCCUUUGACUUGGAUUACAAACAUUGGAGUGAAAUACAUUAUCCCAGAGCACACCUUCGUGACACUUAUGUACCCAGGGAAAGGGCUUUUCAUACAGCAACUCUCAUUGGUAAUUAUUUAGUAGUUUUUGGUGGAUACUCUCAUAGGCAUAACCGAGAAGAAAUCUGUUAUGAUGGACAAAUGUAUUUAUAUCAUCUGGGUUGUCAUUCAUGGAUCCCUCUGGACGUAUUAGGCAAAACUAGAAAGAUAUAUCCGAAGAAGCAAGGAGUUUUUGCUCAUGCGGCAGCGUUAAAACCUCCAUCGACUUUGCUGAUAGUUGGUGGAUAUCAUGGAAAUGUUAAUGGUGACCUUUUGGCAUAUGUGGUACCCAGUUGGCAUGCGGGAAUUACGAAUAAGGAUCCCGAAUCGGCCUGUCCUCGGCAUCGCAGCCAGCCCGAGUGCCUCGCCGACCCCGAGUGCGGCUGGUGUUCUGCUGACGAUAGGUGCGACUGCAACGACCACGGCGACGAGGCGCGGGGCGUCUGCGACUACGCAACCGGCGAAUGUAUCUGUAAAGACAACACCGAAGGGCAAAACUGCGAGCGCUGCAAAGCCAAAUUCUACGGCGAUCCUCGACAUGGUGGCAGGUGCUAUUACCAAUGUGAACCGAGAGGAAUGUUAAAUGCCACCCAGACCGAAGGCAUCGGCUCCUUUAUGACAGACCCCGACGUAAAAUCAUUGGGUCCAUCGAAAGAGUGUCUGUGGAUUAUAUCCGCCAGUAAUAUUAAAGACGCCACGAUUCAGUUUAAAAUUAACUCCUCUCAUUUCGACGUGCCCUGUGACGAAAACGCCGUUUAUGUUUACGAUGGACUCGGCGGCGUUCCAGAUUUGAAUAAUAAUCAACAAAGUCAACUGUUGGGCGUGUUUUGCAAUGGUGCUUCUUCGGGAGUAGUGGAGGCUAGGAGUGGAAACUUAACCGUGCAUUACAAACAAGGUGAACCGGAGCAAGGUUUCGAAGGUGUAUACGAAGUCCUGGCCUGCGACGACUACUGCUCAUGGCCCAGAGUGUGCAAUAAGAGACAUUGUGUUUGCCGAGAUGGUUAUGGAGGUCCUAAUUGUGACAUUGAAAUAUGUCGACACAAUUGCAGCGAAAUAAUUAAAGCGGGAGUGUGCGACACCAGCUACGGACGAUGUCUCUGCAAUGAGGGAUUCGGAGGAGAUGACUGUUCAGUUAAACUUGAUAAAACUCAACUCGUCUUUACAGAGUUGUUUAAUUCUGAAUUUCUGUCCGAUAGUUUGGAUCAUUUGAGAAAAACAUUGCCUAGAUUCGGUCACAGUUUGGUCGCCGAUAGACGUGGUUUGUGGAUGUUUGGUGGAUAUUCACUAUCGCACGGCCCUUUAAACGAUAUUAGAUUCUUUGAUACCAAAAAUAACACCUGGAUGCAGGUAACCGUUGAGGCAACUCCUGAUGCUAAAAUGCCCGAGCGCCGCUACUUCCACGCGGCUGAAAUUUAUCACUCCAAACAAAACAUUUAUAUUUACGGAGGCUUGAGUUUGCAGGAAAAAAGUGGAGAAAACAAGAUUCUUGAUGACUUUUGGCAGUUUAGCUUGAAAGAUCAGAGAUGGAGUAACAUCAAAUCUAAAAAUGAGCAGCCACCGGCACUAGCGGGACACACGUUGACAUUGCAAAAGUAUCAAGAUUAUGAAAGUCUCGUUCUCAUCGGGGGCUUCUCGAUGAGUGAAGGAUUUAUGUCUGAAAUCUGGGAAUUUGAUCUCGAUAAUGAAAAAUGGAUUAAACUGCGCUGUAGAGGAACGAUACCGUCAGGAGUCAUAGGACAUAGCACUGUCUACCAUGCUCCGUCGCAAAGUCUUUAUGUAUUCGGUGGAAUAUUGUACGUUUACAAUGGCACCAUGGUUUCCGAUAAGUUAUUUUCAUUCCACUACCCCACGAAGACUUGGAGUGAGUUGCCUAGCUUCUUGAAUUUACAUGCCUUCGAUUCAUUACCACUUGCGACCUAUUUACAUUCCGCUGUCACAACAAAUGACUACAUGAUCGUAUUUGGAGGAAGAACUGACCCAGAAAAUAGAUCAAAUGCUCUCAUUGCCUACGUCUACGAAUGUAACCAGUGGGUCCGACUUGUGAAAGGCGUAAGUAUAGUGGACCACCCGCCUCCGCGCACAAUCGCCCACGCGAUGGCCAUCGAUGUGGAAACAGACAGCGAAGGGUACAUCUACAUAAUCGGCGGCUGGACGGGCAGCGCCAACUGCCAAGUGACGCGGAUAUCACUGCCCGAAGACCUGUGCUCUCUGUGGAGCUCGAACAAGUUGGAAUGUCGCAGUCACAUGGGCUGCAGCUUCUGUAGCACAAGCAACUACACGAAAUGUUUCUCCGUCAACAAGCAAGGCUGCGUGGGCAGCGAUAGAGUUUCCACAAAUUCUGGUGCCGCUUGUGACUUUGAACUGAUCUCGAGUCGUUCGUGUGAGAACUUCACAACGUGCACGUCGUGCCUCGCCGCGUGGCCGCUGUAUCCGGAGGAGAAACCCGCCUGCAGGUGGUGCGAGUCCUGCGCGGCGGCCGUCGGCGAAUGUGUACCAACGGAUGAAUCUUGUACAAGUAUCAAAUGUAAUGCGGGAACUACUUACAUCAGUGACGUUGACCAAUGUCCGGAACUUAGGUGUCUGGCAUCAGACUGCGAUAAAUGUGUAUCCAACCAGUGCACCUGGACUCGGUACGCCAGUAGAUCAGGUCAAGCAACAAAAAUUAUCGAAGAUAACUCUGAACUGUUCAAUUGGACGUGUGCAUUGAUCGAUGAACCCGGCCGCGCCAGUCUCAGACCGAGAACGAAGGAGGAGUGUCCCAGUCGGUGCCACCAAUUUACGGAUUGUCAGUCGUGUCUCAGCUCCGACGGGGCCGAGGGUGGCUUCUCUGAAUGUCACUGGGCUUCAUACCUGGGGACGUGUAUAUCUCCGGCGUAUCAACCUAUCAUAUGUGCGGGCGGCGUGUGCGGGCUGGUGCUGACGAAGGCGGACAAGAACAAGUGUCCGGCGCCGUGCGGCACAUCAGGGAAGCAUCGCUCGGGCUCCCGAUUGACCAGACAGAGUUACCAGGCACCUUUAAGCGUGACCGACUCUGUUUAUUUAAUAAGAAUUAGUUCCAAACUUGUACCGCGAAAUUCGAACAUAUCUUUAUUCCUGUUUAAAAAUACUGAAGUUGUCAGAGGUUGGCUAAUGAGUAUUAACUAG